GAUUUAUAUAUUAUAUUAUACUAUAUUAUAUUAUACUAUAUAUUAUUCAAUGUUUGAUGUUUAUCAAGAGGCUGCAAAAUUUGUGACAGUGAAAUAUUGUAAAUAUCUAGUGUCACCACUUGACUAAAGACAGAUUGGAUGUUAAAUUUGUCAGAAUGUGCACAAAAUGAGGCUGUAGGUGGAGAUGCUGACAAUGCCCACUCUGUCCGGCAAGCGGACCCCUCCUUUUUCCACCUUUUCACCUUACUGCUCCUCCACCCUCUCACACUACCUCUUCGACAUUGAGCCCCUGGUCUGGAAUUAGUGGUGAGACGCUUGGUGAACAGACAACAUGGCCUUUUACAGAAGCUUCAGCAUGGAGUCCAGAUUUCUCUUCCUCACAGUUUUUGCACUCUGUGUGGCUUUUGUACGUACAGAAACUGUGGAUAAGGCUUCUCCCACGCUACAUAGCGAUAACCAGGGCACGCAGUCCGGAGAUGAUGGAACAGAUGCAGGCCAGGUCACAACUAAAGACCCAACUCAGGACCUGACGCAACCCACCUUCGCUAUAGAUUACACUGACAACCUGGACACCACGACGAUGGAGGAGGAAGGUGUCCUUGGCCCAGGUGCCAUCACAGCCAUUGUCAUUGCUGUGUUCCUCGGUGCCUCUGUUCUCCUCGCCCUCGUCGUCAUCACACUCAGAAAAUUCACCGCCUCUUAGAGCAGGAUGACCACCUGUUUAUAACCUCUGUCUGUCUGUCUGUCUGUCUUUCUGUCUGUCUCUCUCUCUCUCUCUCUCUCUCUCUCUCACUCACACACUCACACACACUUAAUCAUAUCUUUGUUGUCUUCUUCAACUUUCAAACUCGGCAGGUCCCUUGUGGUUGGCAUAUGAGUGGUGACAUGGCCCAUUCAUUUGCAGAAACUGUAACAACUAAGCCAUAGCCGAGGCUAUUUUCACUUGAUGAUGGUCAGUUCAUUUCUCAUAGGUCUAAAAGGUCUUCCAUGUUUUCCAGCACAAAGUAGCAGGUUCUCUAGAUUCAACUUCACAACUGUAACUGAUCCUUGAUCAUAUAUUUUGUUUUCAAUGCUUUUGGUUUCUGUUUUCUGAGAUGUACAUUAUUUGGAGUCAUAGAAAAGACACUUAAAUUCAACUUGUAUUCUAUAUUUUGUAAUUUACAAAGGCCUUUCUCUCUACAAAUGUCAUUGUGAUGUUAAAUGAGCUCACACUAGACUGUGGAAAGUAAGCAGAUGCCUACAUGUUCAAAUGUCUACAUUUGUAAAGAAACAGUGUACAUCUAAUACACAUCUAACUAUCUCGAAAAUUUGUUAGAUGUGUAUUAGAUGUGCACUGUUUCUUUACAAAUGUAGAAACGCAGGUGUGUGUGUGUGUGUGUGUGAGAGAGAGAGAGAGAGAGAGAGAGAGAGAGAGAGAGUGUGUGUGUGUGUGUGUGUGUGUGUUUUCAAAUAAAGUAGGAGAAAAUGUACUAUGCAGAACAGAAUCAAUGCAUUUUAUUAUUAUUUUUUUAUUUUAGCAAAUGUUCAUUUGGUUAUCGACAAAUUUGUGUUAGGCUUAGAGUUACAGUUUUAUAUUAUAUGUAAUGCUAUUAUUAUAAUCAGCUUAUUAUGAUGCUAGAAUUGAAGUGUCAUUAGAUGUUUAUACUCAUCUUUAGAUUAACACUAUAUUCAUUAGCACGAAAACACGUCUGUUUUCAUGUCUCAGAAAGAAAGACAGAAUCUUGAUCAGUCAUCAUGAAUUAUUCACUGAAGUUGAUACUAUCUGCUUUUCCUCUUACUCUCAUCAACUCUUCACACCACUGUUUUAAAAUGUCUGCUUUACAGUAAUAAACUGAAAAGAUAUAAAUAAAAACAAAUCUUUAACCUGA